AAGGUUGGGAUAUACUGAAAGUUGUCUUCCAUUUCUGGGUCUCUGCGGUUCAAACACGGUUAGAGACUGGAGGGUAUUGUGCGAACAACGGGAGGUGUAUGAUACACGGAGAGCCGUGGGGUAAAAGUAGAAGGAGAUGAGAUUACAACAUAAAUAAAACGUAUCACCUGCAGUAGAUUAACUUCAGAAAGAGAGAACACGACGGAGGAAAUGAAAAGAUUAGGGAUUAUGGACUUUGUGUUGUCUAUGAAAUGUAAUUAGUUUGUUUUCAUGGAAUUAUUUUUUAAAUAUUUUAGUCAAAUAAAUGUCAAAAAUGAACAUUGAUGUCUGUGUUUGUCUUCUUCUCUAACAUUAAAUAAGAAUGGUAAAACAGAUUAGCUCUGAUUUGACACAGUAUUUUAUCAUGGGGCCUCUAAGGUGUGAAGCUUUGGAGAAGCCUCCUGACCCCCGCUGUGAACACGACACCUCAAGACAGCACUUAGGACAUGUAGUUACCCUAACUGGGCCUGCAUCGAGUCAGUGAGAAGACAUAGAGAAGAGCUACAGACAUCAGCUGGUGAGGAACAGGAGAAAAGACACAACAACAUUGUCACGUCUUAUGUGGCAGGACUUUCACAAGACCGAUGAUGUCACGGAUCCUUUGUGUUCUAUGUGUCAACGACAGUCGUUAAGGUGACGGCCGUUGGUAGAAAACAUUAGUUUCGACUUCGUUAGUGCCCCAUUGUGUUGUAACCACAGUCGUUGGAGUCACAUGAGGCCAUUUGUGAAAGGUUGUUUUUCCCUAGAGGCCAAAUUGUUAAGUCUCCUGGGAAGGGAUGAAAGGGCGGCAUUGUAGAUUGGAGAUAGGUGGUGUCUUAGACCUCCUCCUAGGUUGAGAGAUGGCUUCUCUACUUUUACAUAGAUGGCUUCUUUUACUCCUCUUUCAAACCAUCUGUCCUCUCUGUCCAAGAUGUGGACCUUGUUGUCCUCAAAUGAGUGGGUUUUCUCCUUUAGAUGUAAAUAGACAGCAGAGUCCAGACCUGAGGAGUUCGCUCUCCUGUGUUGGGCCAUGCGUUUGUGUAGUGGUUGUUUUGUUUCGCCAGUGUAGAGGUCUUCGCAUUCCUCGUUACAUUGGACUGCAUACACCAGAUUGCUUUUGUGGGUGUGUGGUGGUCUGUCCUUAGGAUGUACCAGUCUCUGUCUGAGUGUGUUGCCGGGUUUGAAAUACACAGGGAUACUGUGUUUGUUGAAGAUCCUCCUGAGUUUUUCAGAUACCCCGGACACAUAUGGAAUAACUAUGUUGUUUCUCUUGUUUUGUUUUUCUUUCACUACCACGUUGUUGGUUCUCUUUCUGGAACCAGCUGCAGUUUUCAAAAAGGUCCAACUGGGGUAACCACAAGUUUUGAGGGCAUCUCUCAGGUGCUUGUGUUCUUCCCCUUGGGCCUGUGAGCUUGGGCAUGUACAUAGGUGAAACCAAACAACCACCAAACAACCAGUCCUUACAACACCAACCUUCACCUACAACGCAGUCCUGAGAUCCUUACCCAGGAGAUUUAACCCCCAUUCACACCUUGAAACAAGUGACCCUAACGACUCACAUGAUGUCAGGGCGGGUCAACGACUCCCAUAACCAUCCACCAGAGGUUAAAUACCUGGGACUCCCCAACCAGUUUUCAGAACUGAAGAAGGCUUUUGGAUAAGAGGUGAAACGUCUUCAAGAAACCUAAAAGAAGUCCAGUUGCCUUCAACUUCAGCCCUUAAGGCUAUCAUGACCUGGAUGACCGAGAACCUACACAGACAUUAGAAAGAGAGACUUUUAUUCUGAAGGCCAGGGAAGUACCGGAAUGCAUGUUUCAUUUCCGGGUCUCGGUACAACAAAGCUAGCCUGUUUGUUACAGGAGCAGAGGAAACGAGUCAGCCAGGUCUAAAUAACGAUAAAACCACCACCGGUGCCUUUUCUUCUUUGACUCUACGAUCUGUUAAAGAUGUCCAGGUUUCAGGAGCUUAAAGCUUCGUUCAAACGGCGGCUGCUGACUUCGGUUCGCGAAGAUCUGUUCGGACAUUUGGAGAGAAAAAUAUCCGAAUAUAAGAAGGAGAUCGACCGCAACAGAAAACUGUUGGAUCUGGUUCCAAACAGCGACUCAAGUCGGCGAGGAUCAGUGUGUCCUGCAGACGUCCAGCAGGUGUUGGAGACUAAAGAAGAAGUUUUCCCUGAGCAGCAGGAGUGGAGCUCCAGACUGGACCAGCAGGACCCAGAGCCCCCCCACAUUAAAGAAGAACAGGAAGAACUCUGUCUCAUUCAGAGACCAGUAGAGGACUGUGGAGGAUCAGAAUUAGACAGGAAGUUGGAUCCAGACUGGCAUCCACAUCCAAAGAGUGAUGACGAGGAGUCAGACUUUUUUGAACCCGAGAGUGAUGAUGGUGAUAAAGACCACGAGGAUCCGAAGAGAAAAUCAUCAAGCUAUUCUGUGACUAGUAAAACAUUUACAGUGCAGGGAGAUUUGAAUGCACGCAUGAGAGCUGAAACAGGAGAGAAGCAUGUUAGUUGCACUUUGUGUGGUAAAUGUUUUACCACAAAAGAUGGUCUGAAGUGCCACUUCAAAACUCAUGUUGGAGAGAAACCAUUAAGUUGCUCAGUCUGUGGGAAAAAAUUUAGACAAAAAGGAAGUCUAAAAACCCACAUGUUAACUCACGCAGGGGAGAAACAAUUUAACUGCUCUGAGUGUGGUAAAAGAACUGGUAGUAAGAAUAACCUAAAGAGACACAUGAGAAUUCACACAGGGGAGAAACCAUUCGGCUGCUCAGUCUGUGGUAAGACAUUUGCAUAUAACUCAAGUUUAACAGCCCAUAUGUUAACCCACACAGGGGAGAAACCAUUUAUCUGCUCAGUUUGUGGAAAGAAAUUUGCAUAUAAAUCAAAUUUAACACAACACAUGUUAACACACACUGGGGAGAAACCAUUUAGUUGCUCCGUUUGUGGUAAAAAAUGUGCAGAUAAAUCAACUCUAACAAAACACACGUUAACCCACACUGGGGAAAAACCAUUUAGUUGCUCCAUUUGUGGUAAAAGUUUUAGACAAAAAGGAAAUCUAACACACCACAUGUUAACUCACACAGGGGAGAAGCCAUUUAGUUGCUCAGUUUGUGGUAAAAAAUUUGCACAUAAAUCAAAUCUAACAACCCACAUGUUAACACACACAGGGGAGAAACCAUUAAGUUGCUCAAUUUGUGGCAAAAGAUUUAGCCGGAAAGGAACACUGACAGGCCACAUGACGCGUCACAAGGGGGAAAAACAAUUCAAUUGUAGAGUUUGUAACAAAAGAUUCAGUUGGCGUAGUCAGCUGAAAAACCACAAGUGUGUUAGUGAGUCCUCACAGCCUCAUCAGUCAGACUGAGGAGAGCAGAGAGGCAGAGCCUCCAGCCAAAAGCUCGACUGAACAGAUGGAAACAGAAGCUGGUGGAGUGGCCCACGUAGUUGCUCAGAAGAGAAAUCUGAAACACCACGUAUCACUUCACACAGAGGAGACGUGAAUCAUUAGCAGUGUUUGUGGCUUAAGAAUUGGCCGUUCAGAAACAUGAGUGUGUUGUCAAGAGGAGUAAUUCUGUCGACAGACCAAUUGAUUAAUCAGCUAAUUGUUGCAACUCCUCUGUGCAGCUUCUGGUUCAGCUGUGUUCCACUAAAGAAUUAAAAACUUAAGGCAACAAGAAAACUUAACUUUGAGUUUAACACAGUUACUUGUAGAAGAUUAAGAAGGGAUGUUGCUUUUGAUCACAGUGAAGAAACUCAAACCCAUAUGUUUGUUGAUCUUAUGAUUUUCUAGCCUCAUCUGGUUUGUGGUGGUUCCUCUGCAGAUAACAAUAAGACUAAACUAGUAUUUUUAUCCCGUCUAACUGCUGUCAUACCAGAAAAUCUAGAUGUAUCGUGCCCAGGGCCCACAGCAAUCAUUUAAAAGAUAAACUUCUUGAAAGACAGCCUUCAUCUCAGGCUUUCACUCAAAACAGUUAAAUGAGCAUCAUGAUUAUUUAAAAUUUUCACAUUUUUUCGUGGAAAAACCUUUAAAAACUUUUAAUUUUGUAGCUGGAGAUUGAAGUGCCUAUGAAAUGUAAUUAGUUCUUUUUCAUGGAAAUAUUUUUUCAUAUUUUAGUCAAAUAAAAGUCUAAAAUGAACAUUAGUGUCUGUGUUUCUUUAAAAGUUCCUCUUCCUGGACAUUAUAUCAAACAUCUGCACUGAAACCACCACGUUAGAAAGGUGGUGUCCGAAACCAGAAAACAUAAAAUCGGUAUGUACACCGGGUACUCACCGCACCGUCGGUCAGAAACUCCUGGAUAAUCUCCGACUGAUAAAUCCACAUAAAUCGGGUUUUACUCCUCCUGCCCGGACUCCAGAGGCGACGCUGACUUUUUAAAAUCCACACUGACCGACGACACCGAGGCUUUGAGACACAGAUUUACCGGAGGCGGGUUUCAAACUGCGCAGGUGUUUUGAGAAACUGUGAUUGGAUCAAAAGGCGCGUUCGAGAUCGACUUUGGUUCACUUCGGCUGUUCAUCAAAUACAUUUAACUCACGGUGGGAAAAGCUGCUUUUCCUUUUAAGUAUACGAGUGUUCCCCUCAAUAUGUCUGACUGACUCAGACAAGGAUAUGAUGUUUCUAUUAGUUUUCUGACUCACAUGAAAUUUCGGUCAUGUAUAAAAGGUCGAUGUGUUCAGGUGUAUGAGGGAAGAGUCAGACAUCAGAAAACCUGCCACAGCAACACUUUCAGAGAGAUCCUUGUUUUGUUUUUUUGUUUUUCUUUCUGUUUCAUUGAGAGUCACAGAUUUAAACUUAGAGAAAAACCCAGAAACUGAAAACCACUCAAUCUGAGUUUGCAUCAGAUGAUUUUCAGUUCAGAUCCUUUAAUCUUUGAAAAUCUUUCAGAACAUUGAAUCUUCUACAGACCAAAGAAAUGAUAAAUCACCUGAAUCACGAUGAAAACAUGAUGAUUUCCUUUCUCUGCCGAUUCGUUAGCUCAGCUGGUGUCUUCAUGAACAUCAGUUAUAAUCAUCAUACCAUUAAACAUGACACAAGCUAGGAGAAAUUAAAAAUACAAACAAAAUCAGCGCUUGGGUUUUAGGAAGUUAAUUCUGAGCAGCAAACAGCUGAUGAUUAAAGUAUGGUAGAAUUUACUGCCGUUUCCCUCCAGACAAAAGACCUCACGACUAAGGUUAGAGUCAGUUUCUGAAACCUGAAAAUUGGAUCCUUUACUUAAGAAGAAAUGUUAAUACCUGUCAAAGCUGGCUCAUAAACCACAACAGAGACAGAAAACAACAUGAGUCAGCAGCUACAGCUACAAAUAACAUAGAAGAGGAUCAAUGUAAGAGACGACAACAGAAAGAAACCACUGCUAUCAACUGGUCUGUUAGAGAGAGUGAGCAGAGCUCACCUGGCCCAGGUGUGGCUCAUGCACAAACAGCACCUAACGCCCAGGAGGGGUCGUCACAUACCAGGGUAAAAACACUAUCAUCAGUAAAAUGCACAUGAAGUGUGAAAGGUAGUGCAAAGUGGAACUAUUUUAACUUGGAUGUUGUGUAGUUUAGGCAAUAAAAAACAUUUUUAUUGAUUAAACGUGUUU